UUUCCUCUCUUUCUCUCUUAUCCCGUCCCGCCUACACCUUCACCCGUACCCUAAACAGCUCCCCAAAUCUUGCAUUUCGCCCUUUCCAAACCUUGCAUCAUCUAAAAACCCCGCCUUUCCUCCUCGCCGCAAUGUCUUCCACCCAUGGCCAAUCCUUCCCACCUCAACACCAAGACAUCCAACCCGGCAAGGAACACAUCAUGGACCCAACUCCCGACUUCCUCCCCCGCGAAUACAAACCGGCUGAAAAACUCCGUGGCAAGACUGCCCUCAUCACCGGUGGCGACUCCGGCAUCGGCCGCUCCGUCUGCAUCCACUUCGCCCUCGAGGGCGCCUCUGUGGCCUUCACCUACCUCAAGUCCGAAGAAGACCAAGACGCUAGAGACACCCUCCACCUCCUCAACGAGCUCAAAACACCAAAUGCCAAACCCCCGCUCUCGUUCCCUGCCGACGCCGGCUUCGAAGACAACUGCCGCAAGGUCGUCGAAGCGGCCGCCAGUCACUUCGGUGGAACCAUUGACAUCCUUGUCAACAACGCGGCGGAGCAACACGUGUCUCAUUCCAUCACGGAUAUAACAGCGGAGCAGCUGGAGCGCGUUUUCAGAACUAACAUCUUCUCCUACUUCUACAUAACGAAAUUUGCCGUUAAGUAUAUGAAGGAGGGAGGAUCGAUUAUUAAUACGACGUCGGUGAAUGCGUAUAAAGGAAAUAAGAACCUGUUGGAUUACACGUCGACGAAGGGGGCUAUUGUGGGGUUCACGAGGGGGCUGGCAUUGCAGUUGGUGGAGAAAGGGAUAAGGGUGAACGGAGUGGCGCCGGGGCCGGUGUGGACGCCGCUUAUACCUGCUUCGUUUGAGGAGGAGCAUGUGGCCAAUUUUGGGAAGCAGGUGCCGAUGAAGAGGGCGGGGCAGCCGAACGAGAUAGCGCCUAGUUAUGUGUUUCUCGCGAGCCGCGACUCUUCCUAUAUUACGGGUCAGGUGAUUCACCCCAAUGGCGGCACCAUUGUGAAUGGCUAGGAUGUAAGUUGCAGAGCGGCACGGCCUGCGAGAAUGGCAUCCCUUUUCGAGCCAGCUGGGUGUUUGGAAUAAGUGGCUGUGAUCAAGUUCAAAGUUUUUG